AAGCGUUUUUCUAAUGAUUUGUGACACUGAGUACACAAUAUUUCAUAAUUACCUAAACUCUUCGAUCUUGUAUUAAAAUUUUCGUUAUAAUUUUUACAUUAUAAUUGUAAGUCAAAGGUAUAUUGGCAUAAAAUUUUGCGUUGAUGCAUAAGUAACCUGUAGGAUAAAAUUGACUUGCAUCUCCUAAAAAUAUGGAACCACAACAAAAUGACAAUAUCGCUUUAAGCGCAAGUACAAUAUUAAGAGCAUGUGCCUCGACGAGUAACGAAGCGGAGAGAUUACGAAACCUCCAGGAAGACAAGCACUCUAAAUUAACAAUUGGAGCAUUUUUUGAAUUUAUGAGAACUGCGUAUCAAGUUAAUGGUAGUUGCGAAAGUUUGGCUACGAUACUGAGUGCUAACAGCGAGAUUGACUGGCAUGAAUUAGCAAAAAUUAAUUUAGACCUGGAAACGCGCGAGGCUAGUAAAGCAACCAAUGAUAACUGCCAUCCUAGUACUGACGAACAGCAAAACAAGAAUAAUGAUCCUAUACAAAUAUUACUGACACAAACAAGUAAUAAGGAAUCAAAUUCAUGUACAUCAGAAAGCAUGAUAAGUUCACAGUCUUCUGUGAUAUCUUGUAAUAGCAAUAUUUCUAACAUAUGCAAUAAUAACAGUUCUGCAAAGGAAUCUACCAGUGUAGAAAAUUCUUCUAAUAAAUGUUUAGAGACAGAAGAUAGUAUUAAAGAAACAAAUCAGUCACCAGAUAGUCAAGUCCAAAAUGAAAAGGGAAAAAUAUUACAAACUAAAGAACAUUUAGAAGAGAAUGAAUGUGGUUUGGCGAAAGUCAUGAAGGAAAAUCUAAGAGAUAUUUUGCACGAAGGAUUACUGGACUCUGUUUUGCCAUACAUGCUGCCAAAAUCUGCCCUAUCGCAACCUGUUAUUAAAAAGUCCACUGCUGUUGCAGAUGUUAAAAAAAGUUCUUCUUUGAAUAAUGUAAUUGAAAAUAAAGCCUCAGUUCAUAAAGAAAGAGACAAAGAGAAAAAUAAGACAAACAAGAAAUCAUCGGAGAAUGAAGUGGAAAUUCAUGUUUGCGACGAAGAUAAAAAUAUUAGAAAAAACUUUCGAUGUCCACAAAAGCUUCUUAUACAAAAAAUGUGUUAUUUCGCUGAUGUUACAGCAGGACAGAAACUCGACGAGAUAGACAUAUCGGUCCAUUGUGAUAUAGUUAUUUUCGACUGGUUGAUGAGAUGGGUGAAGAAGGAUAUCAUAAAAAAGUCAGAAUGGCCAGUUUUAGAGGCAAAUAACGUUAUUCCGAUUAUGGUAUCCGCUUGCUUUUUACAAAUGGAACCGCUUUUGGAAAAUUGUCUGCAGUAUUGUCAUGACAAUAUGUCGGAUAUCUUAAAAACAUCAACAAUUUUAACAUGUCUAGAUGACAAUCUUCUUACAAGAUUGGCUGAAUUAUUUACUAACGAAGAUGUUGAAAUGCUCAAAGAUAAAAAAGAUAAAAUUCAGAGUCGUUUGUUCUGUAAGUUAAUCGCUUCUCUAGUGGAGACCACUCCAGUUAAUAAAAAGGGACACUAUAGUUCAUUGGCUAUGAUGUUUAGAUGUGGAAAGUGCGGCAAGAAUGUUAUACAAUCGAUUUCUGACUUUGUGCCUUGCAUUCCAAGUGCAAUGAAAAUUGAUAACAAGGGAACUGUUCACAGCAAACAUGUCAGAGAUUUGACUUGGACAUUGAAUGAUUAUGUCGUUGCCUUGCGAUCGGAAUUGCGCUCUUGGCGCAAAGUAUAUUGGAGAUUGUGGGGAGACUGUCAUUUUGUGUUCUGUCAACAGUGCAAUAUAUACUUUCCAAUACAUCAGAUCGGUUGGUGCUGCUAUCAUCCGGAACUUGCACAAUUCUUCGUAAACGAGCAACAGAGACCUAUGCCCUUCCCAUUGGGAAGAUAUCCGUGUUGUAGUCAAUCUGCUUACAGAUUUGAAGCUUUAUCAAAUCAUCAAAGUGGAUGUAGAUACAAAGAACACGUACCAAAUAUAAAGGGCGAGAAAGAAUUAAAUAUGUUAAAUAUCUUGACAGCACAUAGAGAAGUGAUAACUUUGGAAGCACCCCAGCUUUUUUUCCCAGAAAAAAUUACACGGCUUGUAACACGCGAUCCGUCUCUUCGUCCAGGCAAAUUAGUGUGUAAGGAUACAAUGUGGUGGAAUGGAAUCGAGCUCGUGCCACAGAGACCAAAACUUGGUUUGCUCGGAAAAAUUUGGGGAAGUUCGGGACUUCGUCGAUUACUUCAAGUACAGGAUUCGCAAAAGUCUUUACAGAAGAUUUAUCGGCGAAUUUCCGUAACCACCGAUAUUUCGUCUCCUACUUCCUCGAUUACAGACGAGGAAGACGACGAAGACGACGGCGGGACCGUGUACGAGGACAGCAGUGUAGAUGACGAAUCAUAUUACAGUGAAGAAUCCAAUACAUUAUGCACAUUAAAGUCGAUGGUUAAAACAAAGCAUCAAAGUAGUCACAAGAAUGGUAGAUGUUGGAGCGGGAAUUUAAAUAUAAGACACAAUCAAGAUAAUCAGAGAGAUUUUGAAGAAAAAGCUGCGGCGCAAAUGACAGCUCUUCUGACAAAGAGAACAGUCACAGAGAAUUUGCUUUCAAAAUUUAAUAAGCAACAACACGGCUAUAAAACUAAGCAACCUGUUGGUGGAACGUAUGUAAAACUAGAAGUCGAGUUUCGCGAACGGUUGGCCCAGUCAUGUAAAUACAAGAAUCCUUCAACAGGAAAGACUCGUAUUAAGUCAAAUAAAUCUUAAUUUGUAUGUAGAUACGAUUAAAGAUUUGUCCAAAGUAUUAUGGAAAAAUUUUGUUGUGAUUUUAUACAAAGGAAAUAUAUACACACACGC